GGUCUCUUUGCUCGCUCGCCACUUCCCCGUCUCCAUUUCUUCUGCAUUCUGACGAUGGAUACGGCUGCGCUGCUUGCAACGGCGGCGGUAUUCGCCGCCGGAGUUUUGUACUGGUUUAUAUGGGUCAUGGGCUCCGCGGAGGUGAAGGGAAAACGAGCAGUAGAUCUCAAGAUGGGAUCGAUCACAAAAGACAAAGUCCAGGACAAAUAUAAACAGUACUGGUCCUUCUUCCGCCGGCCGAAAGACACCGUUGAGUCUUCGGAAAAGGUACCAGCCUUCGUAGACACGUUCUACAACCUCGUCACCGACAUCUACGAAUGGGGAUGGGGCCAAUCCUUCCACUUCUCCCCUUCCGUCCCAAACCGCUCCCAUCGCGACGCCACUCGAAUACACGAAGAACGCGUCGUCGAUCUCAUUAAAGCAAGUCCCGGGCAUCGCAUCCUAGACGUUGGUUGCGGCGUCGGCGGCCCUAUGCGGGCCAUCGCCGCCCGUUCAGGAUCCACCGUCGUUGGCAUCACCAUCAACGAGUACCAGGUCAGCCGCGCCCGUUCACACAACCGUAAGGCUGGUCUCGACGGCGCCUGCGAAGUUGUGUGCGGGAAUUUUCUUGAGAUGUCAUUCGAGGAUUGUAGUUUCGAUGGGGCUUACUCAAUCGAGGCUACUUGUCACGCUCCGCGCCUGGAAGAUGUGUAUGCUGAGAUCUACCGCGUGUUAAAGCCUGGGGGACUCUAUGUUUCUUAUGAAUGGGUUACGACUGGGCUUUUUCGGGCCGAUGACCCGAAGCAUGUGGAAACGAUUCAGGGGAUCGAGCGUGGGGACGCGCUACCGGGUCUUCGAGCUCAGGAUCAGAUCGCUGGUGUGGCGCGAAAGGUGGGGUUUGAGGUUGUGGUGGAGAGAGAUCUAGCACUGCCGCCGGCGGGGCCGUGGUGGACCCGCCUUAAGAUGGGGAGGUUAGCUUAUUGGAGGAAUCAUGUACUGGUUUCAGUCAUGACUUUGCUUCGCCUCGCUCCUAAAGGUGUGGUCGAGGUUCAUGAGAUGUUGUACGAGACAGCGAAGCAUCUCACUAAUGGUGGCGAGACUGGGAUCUUUACCCCCAUGCAUAUGAUACUCUGCCGCAAGCCAAUUGACAAAGCUAGCUCAUAGUAUGGAGGCGAGGUAGAAAUCAAGUUCAUGUUUUUUUAUCGAAUUCAUUAUUAGUUACUUGCUGUGUUAUGUGCUUUCCCUUCUUCGCAUCCUUUCUGGAAAAAUUAGGGUUUUGGGGUUUUAAUGAUGAGCAAAAAAAAAAAAAAAAAACAUAAUUGGGGGUAGGUUCUUGUGGUCUUUUUAUGCGCGCAUCUAAUUUAUUGUUGAAUGACCAAUGCUUUGCUCUUGUUCUCUUGA